AUGAAAUAUUUAUUGAUUCUAUUGCAUUUGACAAUAUUAACUAUUCAAAAACGAAUCAUACGAAUUGGACAUUUACUACCAGCUAAUCCGAUCAUUGCAAAUGAAGCGGAUGUGCUCAGAAUUUGCGCAGAUGAUCUUCAUAAGCGCAAUAUUUUACCACCUAAUUUAACAAUGGAAGUAAUUACAAUGGAAUCAUGCAACGACUUUAGCGGUGUUGAAAAUGCCGCUUAUUUACAUUAUAUGCACAAUGCUACAGUAUAUUUUGGACCUGGUUGUAACGAUGAAAUUAUAAUAAUUAGUCGCUUAGCUAAACGCUGGAAUGUUCCGAUUAUAGCACACUUAUCUGGUGAUGAUACGCUUGCUGAUAAAACUAUAUUUUCAACGCUUGGCACUGUUGCUCUCACGUCAGCAAUCGAGAUGGCUCGAGCAACGUUCACGUAUCUUAAGCUAAACAAUUGGAAAAUGAUUGGUAUUGUACGACCGACAAUCCAUUUUGAUGGCCUUUCCAUACAUUCUUUGGUGCAAUUAGCAAAAAAUAGUACCGCUGUUAGUAUUAAUAUUAUAAUCGAAAUUGAUCCAUUUGCAUCUGUCGAUGAAAUCUUAAAAAGCGGAAAACUUGAAAUACUUCGAAUUUCUGCAAGAAUAAUUGUGGUCGAAUUAGGCUUGGAUCUCAGUGCUUGCACCAAUUUUAUGUUAGCAGUUUUAAAAGCUAACAUGAAAAAUGCAGAAUAUGUAUACAUACUACCAUGGCUUUCUCAUAUUGUUGAUUACUUUCCAUGGGAAGUGAUAAAAAUCACAGAUAAUCAUUUGAUAAAACAAGCCUAUGAAAAUGCAAUUGUAAUAACUGCCCAAGGCUAUGAUCAUAAAUUAGUUCAACAUUUUGCGCAUAAAUUUUCAAAAGAAACUGGUCAUAUGGCUUCUUCACAUUAUGCAAUACUUGUUUACAUGUCAUUGUAUGAUGCAUUAUUCCUGUAUGGUCUUGCAUUACGUGACGCAUAUGAUAUUACCGGUGAUGACCAUAUUAACAAUAACGGAUCGUUAAUCUGGAAGAAAAUGACUAAUCGCCAAUUUUUAGGUAUGACUGGUCAGGUGUUGAUUGAUAAUGAAGCAGUUCGAAUACCAAGCUAUAUUACAUACCAGUUGUAUAAUGGUAGUUUACGAACUGUUGUGGAAUUAGAAGCAAAACUUGGCGAUCCGGAAAAAUGUAGCCUGAAAGGCGAAGAAUGUUCGCUACAUGUACCACAUGAAAUUUUAAUGAAUUACUGGUUGACAGCAAAUGGUGAGGCACCAUUUGAUAUGCCACCUUGUGGAUAUGAUGGUAGUUUAUGCGAUUACACAAAAUAUAUUUUGGCUGGUGCUUCAGCAAUUCUUUUACUUUUUACUAUUGUUAUUGGUUAUUUUCUAUACAUCAAAGGAAAAGAAAGACGAUUGUAUGAUAUGACGUGGCGCAUAGCACGUGAAUCAGUUCGUCUGUUAGAUUUAGCUACUGACCAUACAGGUAAAUCAGUUAAUGGAUCAGUAAUCAGUAAUGAAUCAAAUACAAAUCAAAUGUUAUCAAUGGAACGUGCAAUAUGCAACGGUGUUAAAUUAUCAGUUCGCCGAUAUCAUCAAACACGAAAUAUUACAUUUCCAAAAAAUGAAUUACAAAUUUUGAAACAACUAAAAAUGUUGGAAAAUGAAAAUUUGAAUAAAUUUUAUGGAAUUUGUUUUAACCAACAAAAUGAAUUGCUAAUCCUUUGGACAUUUGUUACACGUGGAAGUCUUGGAGAUAUUAUUUUUAACAAUGAAAUGAAACUUAACCGAAAUUUUCUAGUUUCAUUUGCUAAAGAUGUUGUUAAGGGUAUAUUUUUCCUGCAUUCAUCGCCAAUACAAUACCAUGGCUUAUUGUGCUUGCAAAACUGUCUCGUUGAUUCACAUUGGACAGUUAAAUUGACAGAUUUUUAUACGGAAGUAAUUGUUGCUGAAAAGUUAUUGCAUAACGAAAUAAAACAAAUCUUUAAAAAAGUUGAUGACAACGAUGAUGAUAAUAUUCAAAUUAGCCGAAAAUAUAUCCAACAAGCACCUGAAAUUUUACAAAUUAUUUUAAAGACGAAAUUUUUACCACAUGGCUCUCAAGCAGCAGAUAUAUAUUCACUCGGUAUGGUACUCUAUCAAAUAUUAUUUCGAUUGGAACCAUUUCAUGAACUAUCCAUUUCCACAAAAAAAUUAUUGAUCAAAUUAGCAAAUAGUAUUGAAGAAGGUUGCAUUCGACCAACAUUUCCGUCAGCUAACAAUGAUUCAUCCUAUAACCUUCAAUUAAUAAGUACCAUUGAGGCAUGUUGGCUAGAAAUUCCACAAAUGCGACCAAAUAUUAAAAAAAUUAAAGAAGUUAUUAAUGCAACCUUAAAAACAACACGAAAAAUUUGUGAAAAUCAUAUUGAAAAUGACAAUUCAAAAAAGAAAAACGACAAACUUUUAUUAUUUGAAGGAUUGUUUAAACGAGGAAGUGGAUCACUUUUGGAUCAAAUGAUGGAAAUGAUGAAUGAAUAUACUGUAAAUUUGGAAGUAAUGGUGAAAAAUCGAACAGCAUUAUUAGAAGAAGCACAACAACAAGCUGAUCGAUUACUCUACAGUAUAUUACCAAAAUCAAUUGCGGAUGAUUUAAAAGUUGGCAGACAGGUGCCACCACAGUUAUACCCAUGUGCUACCGUACUUUUCUCGGAUAUUCGAGGAUUCACUCGAUUGUCAUCCAUUUCAACUCCAUUUCAAAUUGUUAAAUUUCUCAACGAUCUUUUCAGUGGCUUUGAUGAUAUCAUCUCGAAACAUGACGCAUACAAAGUUGAAACAAUCGGUGAUGCAUACAUGAUCGUUUCCGGUUUACCGAAAGAAAAUGGUUAUGCACACGUUGAGAAUAUUGGCAAUAUUGCACUUCAAAUGCGUUCGUUUGUAACAAAAUUUAAAAUCAUUCAUCGACCCGAAGAACGAUUAAUGGUGCGAAUUGGCUUUCACAGCGGUGCUGUAGCAGCAGGUGUCGUCGGUUUAAUUACACCACGUUAUUGUCUCUUUGGUGACACAGUUAAUAUGGCAUCCAGAAUGGAAAGUACGAGUGAACCAAAUGAGAUACAAAUCAGUGAUCAAUCAUAUAAUUUGCUUCAUUGCUAUUUUCCGCAAUUUCAAAUUAUUGAACGAGGAAAAAUUAGUGUUAAGGGUAAAGGUGAAUGCAUCACAUACUUUUUGCAAGGUAAAGAAGGUGAAAAUGCUAUGAAUGAUAAAUUGUGCAUUUGA